AUGGGGCUAUCGUGCUUCGCUUGCUUCGACGGAGGAAGCAAACCACAGAGACGAGAGGAAGAGAGAUUGGCCUCUGCAGAAGCUCGUGCUAAAUCGGCCGAAGCUGCCCAGAAACGGCAAGAACAAUUUGAAAAAUCUGCAGCAGGAAGAGCUGCACGAGCACAGCUACAGGCGAUGGCAAAGCAAUCUGCAAAUUCUAACAGAGGCGAACCUGUUCUAAAGGUUCUAUGGCCAUUGAGGAAUCUGAUGUUACCUCUUUAUAAUGCCAUUGUCUCUUGCCUAUUGCUGCAAUGCACUUGCACUUUGAUAUGGAAUCUUUAUAUGGUGGCAGAUGAGUUGAAGCAAAAACUUGUCCUUGGUGCAGUUGCUGUUUCAAUUGUAAGAUAG